UGACGUGAUUUCUCGUGAUUAGUGACGGAUACCUGGGUUGUACAGAAAGACCUAAAGCUUUAUUUAAGUGCCCAACACAAGCGUUGGUAUGGAAUUGAGAGUACUGUUAGCUUCAUGCUGUGGUUUGGGAACACGUUGAGGCACAGAGCUUAUGGAGAGCUGCGUUUGCUGUCAGCUGCACUGUGGUCUAUGGUAUGAAAGUAUUAUCAAGGAGUGACUUAGUUUAAUUGUGGCGCUCACUUGUCUCUGCCCACAAGGGACGGGCCUCUGGAGGCUCGUGUUUUUCUGCACAAAGUCCCCUGAGGUUGGUGUGUAACCCAGCCUUGCUCUUCAGAAGCAGCCCCACAGUUCCCGUUAGUAGACUGGCUGAUGCUUUUCUCUUUACUCCCAAUAAUUCGGCAUCAUAAAAGCAACAAAUAAAAGCCCAGCUGUGGGGCAAAGGCUGGAAAUCUCCUCUAUGAUUGAGAGUAACCACUUGUAGGCUUUCAGGGUAGUAGCGUGGUAGGGUGAGAUGCUAGGGGUUAGAUAACAGCUUGGGCUUCUGCUAGUUCUUGUAUAGGUGUAGGCUGACAAAACCCUGACCCCUCUCAGCACCCUGCUAGAUAAAUGCUUGGGGGUUCCCCCUCCGUGCCCUGAUACUGGGUGCCAGCACGUAGACUGCAGGCUGCUGAGCCCAUCACAGGGCUUUGGAAGGGAGGAUGUGGUACCGCAGCUCUCUCAUGCUGUUUUUUGUUCUGCCCAUGCUGAGUUUUCCUGUCCUGCCUCUUGAGCUUGCAGCACAUGGUCUGAAUUUCUCUGCCAGCUGCACCAAUUUACUCAUUUUUCUUCGACGUUAGAGCUGACGUAAGCAUCUUCCAGCCCAUGAGAAAUAUGUGCCGCAAAGCUUCCACGUCCUUGCGGGGACGUAAGAUAGUGAUCAUAACCAGAAACUGUAUCUGGGCAAGCUGCAUUGCUUCAUGACCUCGGGGGACUGAGUCUGCUGGUGGUGCCUGAGAUAAAUAGGUUGUGCUUAUUUCUUUUCUUUUUUUCUUUUGUAAGUAUUUUUUUGUUUGCUUGUCAUCUUUUACUGAGAAUAGGUGGUUUAUGAAAAAGGGAAAUGAGAGCUCUCUGAAUGGGGUAUGUGCUACUGGAGGAAAAGAAGAUUCGUCUCUUCUUUGCUAUCAUCAAGCAUGAGGCAGAGAGAAUAAAACUCCAGACCUAACCAUGGAAAACUUAUUUUGCAGUAGUACCUGGAAAUCUGGGUGAUCAUACAGCAGCUUGACUCUUUUUAGCUGUCAUCUUUUUCUGCAAAAAAAUCCCCUGUUAUCUCACUCAGCCUUGUGAUUACUACUUUUACUUUCCAUGAAGCCUGUGAAACAAAUGAUCAUAUGAGCAUAAACCAGUCCUUCUGCUUGAGCUGGUGUGCCAUGGCUUUAUUUGUUUUGCCUUUUUUAAUAGACUGCAAAGGAACACUUUGAAUCUAUCAUCGGUGGUAAAUACAGGUUGGAGAAACAUGACGUCUUUACCCAUUAUAUUGAGACCUUUUUGAUGAUUUUGUGUGAUGUAACCGGGAUAAAUAUAAGGUAAGUUCACUUAGACAUUUACGUGUUGAAAACUGUGUGUGUAAGAAUGGUAAUGGCUGAUCGUGUACAUGCCUUUCACUUGGGUAGAAUAACUCUGGUUCAAUCUGGGAAUCUGGGACGAGAAAGGACUUCUUGGGAUGCUGAAUCCAGUUCCUUAGAGCUAAAGUCCAUUUCAGCCAAAUGGCCGAGAUGUAUCUUAAAAGUUGUUGUUAGGAAUAGUAAGGGAUAGUAGGAAUAGUAAAGUGCUUGAAACUGCUUUAGAAGUUCAUUACUUUCAUAGUAACUCUAUUUCUGACUUUUUCGUAAAUUGGUAAAAAUUUCAGUUCAAGUCUAAUUCUAGUCAGUCAUUUGCAGAAAAGGUGGGUGUUGUAUCUCAGCUGGUGAUGGAUGGUGCUUCAUGCAGUGAUACUAACAGGUAUUUAUUACUGGUGGAUGCUUAUUAGCUUUGCUCUGUGAUCUUCUGCUCUUUCUGGACACAUCACAUAAGUUGUUCACAAAAUCUUGGGGAUAAAUUAAUAUGAUACAUUUAUAUCCCUGUUUGUCAUCCAUUUCCAAAUGAUGAGUCCUUGCAGUGGCACUGAGGGUGCUCCAUUUUUGCAUAUCCAGCAAAGCAUAACUGGCUCAUGCUUCCUUACUGUGUCACUACCUCCACUGAGAAACUUUAUGUAAAGUCCAAAAUUGAAUGGUUGGAAGAGUUCACAAAUAACUUCCAAAAUAGGUUGUUAGUGGACACUUUUUCUUCUUCUCCUCUAUACCCAUUCUACUCAUGAUGACUUUUCUUAAUACAAAGUAAUUUAAAAAUCUAACCAUGUAACAAUGAACUACUCUCACUCUGAUCGCUUCUUUUCCUUCUAGCUUUGCUACUGUAGAUUCAGAUGAAAAAAUGUCCUCAGGUUUGUUUUAUUUCUCUUUUUUUCAGGAGUGGUUUUGCAAAGUGGACAGUAAUGGAGUAUAUGAGCACGGGUAGUGAUAGCAAAGAGGAAAUUGACUUGUUGCUAACUAAUUUAAAUAUGUCUGAAGUGAUAGACAUCAUGGAAAACCUUUAUCCAGGUGGAGACCUUGCCGUCUAUGAGGACAGCUUAAUUACGAUGUGUGAAGAGGAAAAUCAAAAUGAAGAACGUGCAGAAUCUUUACUGUUUUGUGAGAGGGAGGUUUCUUUGAUGUCCUCCGUCAAAUAUGGGACUGUGGAAGACCUGCUUGCUUUUGCAAAUCAGGUGUCUAACGCUGCAAAACAAUUUAAAGGAUGCAGACAGCAAGAAUCUGGAAUCCUCUUGAAUAUGAUCACUCCCAAGAAUGGCCGCUAUCAGAUUGACUCGGAUGUGCUCCUGUUUCCGUGGAAGCUGACUUAUAGGAAUAUUGGCUCUGACUUUAUUCCGCGAGGAGCUUUUGGGAAGGUGUACUUGGCCCAAGAUAGAGAAACCAAGAAACGGAUGGCAUGUAAACUGGUGCCAGUGGAACAGUUCAAACCAUCAGAUGUAGAAAUACAGGCAUGUUUCCGUCAUGAAAACAUUGCUGAAUUAUAUGGAGCUAUUCUGUGGGAUGAGACCAUUCAUCUUUUCAUGGAAGCUGGGGAGGGAGGAUCUGUCAUGGAGAAGCUGGAGAGCUGUGGGCCUAUGCGAGAAUUUGAAAUAAUUUGGGUGACAAAGCAUAUCCUGAAAGGGCUCGACUUUCUCCACUCCAAAAGGAUUAUCCAUCAUGAUAUCAAACCAAGCAACAUUGUGUUUAUGUCAACUAAGGCCGUGUUGGUGGAUUUUGGCUUAAGUGUUCAAAUGACUGAGGACAUUUACUAUCCCAAAGACCUUAGAGGAACAGAGAUUUACAUGAGCCCCGAAGUUAUCCUGUGCCGAGGCCACACAACCAAAGCAGACAUCUACAGCAUGGGAGCUACUAUUAUUCACAUGCAAACUGGCAUUCCGCCCUGGGUGAACAGAUAUCCUCGUUCUGCAUAUCCAUCCUACCUCUAUAUUAUACAUAAACAAGCUCCCCCUUUAGAGGACAUUGCUGAAGACUGUAGCACUUCCAUGAGGGAGUUGUUAGAAGCAGCUCUAGAAAGGAAUCCUAACCAUAGACUGUCUGCAGCAGAGUUAUUGAAACAUGAAGCUUUACACCCACCCCCAGAAGACCAGCCACGUUGCCAGAGUUUGGACUCAGCACUGUUUGAAAGGAAAAGGCUACUUGCAAGGAAGGAGCUGCAGUUGCCAGAAAACAUUGCAGAUUCCUCAUUGUGUACUGGGAGCAUGGAGGAGUCGGACCUGGUAAAGAGGCAAAGAUCACUUUACAUAGACCUUGGAGCUCUUGCUGGUUACUUCAAUAUUGUUAGGGCACCACCAGCAUUGGAAUAUGACUGACCCAAUAACGUUUUCUAUCAGAAGGUCAGAAAUGGACCUCUACCUCUUAAAACUUGAUUUUAAGACUUGAUUUUCAAAUCUGUACAUAAAAAUAUUGCCAUUGUAGGCUGUAAAAUGUGAAUAGUUUGUAAUUGCACAGAUGAUUAAGCUAAGCCCUUAGGGACUCUAAUAAGCUGAUCUCAAGCAAUGGUAUUGGUGCAUCUACUGGCUGACCAACAAGAAGACAACAGAAAGAACACUGCAGGAAUGUCUUCUUCUGGGGGACCUUCCUGUGCUGGGCCUUACACUUUUGUAAAGCUUAUAUGAUAUGCUUACAAGUAUUGCCAUAAAAAAAAAAAAGAAAGAAAAAAGAAAAAAAAAAAAGAGCGUGCGGGCCAUAAGAUCUGGUCUGUCUGAGCUGUCCUUAGUGAAAACCUUCCCCAAAAAAGUCUUUUUUCAGUCUUGAGACCUGGCCAGUCUCUGGUUGUUCUCAAUGUAAAUCAGGAGCUUCCUCAAGCUGAGCUAGUUUCUAUAUCAGGUGUCUCUGGAGUCAAAGCAUCACUUGGUUACAGAUAUGUUUUAGCUUUGUAUCUUCCCUGUCCCCCUGCUCCUUGGGCAGAGGGAGUAUCUGGCUGUAUCUGUUAGCUCUGGGAGUGGCACAGCAAGUUGGCCCUGCCUCCACCAGCUUUUAAUGUUGCAGCUACUGCAAGGAUAUCUCAGCUAGUUUUCAAGGGUAGGGCAAGUGUCAGUUCAUAUUGGUAACAGUGGGCAAUCUCCAGUCUCUUGCUUUUUAAUGCUUUAAACUUGUGUAUGAUUGGCGUGAGCGCUACGGUUUGGAAAGCGUGUCAUUAGUGACAAGCUGUGUUUAUGUUCCUAUGGAAAUGGAAUUAUAUUGUUCUUGCUGUGCCUCAUACAUUUGAAACACGAUGUUUUGGAUGAUAGUAAAACUAUGCAAACUGCAUAGUUCUGUACAUCCCAUGGGAUGAGAACGUAAACUUUUAUAAAACUCUCUUUGAUGCUUAGGAUGACUCUUUUUAAGCAUUUUUGUUAAAAUGGCAUACUAUGUAUGUUGUACACUGAAUCUUUUCUGAAGCACAGUCUCUUUUUCAUACAUCCAUUAUUUAAUGCUGCUCCUUUCUAACAUGUAAUCUUAAAUAGAUUAUUUCCAGUUUGAUACUGAUAUGGUCGAAUGAAUAAAUCCAGCUCAGUGCCUUG